CGGCGGAGGCGCCAGGGAGAGGGGCAGAAUCGUGAAUCUGCGGAAAUCCACGGGCUUUUGUGAAAACUUCUCCUCCUCAGGGUUUUUCUUUCCCCCGUCGGUUGCUCGGGAGGAAAGAAGCCCUGCCGUGGAACUCUAUCUUCUCUUGUUCGAAAACAUAGAAGCUAGAUUCGGGAGAAGAAACCCUAGGCCCUCGAUCGUCGGGGGAGACGGACAUCUCUUUCUCGCUCUCGUCGUUUUCGAUGUCGUGCGGAUGCGUUGUUCUCCAAGAAGUGGAAGACGGCGAGGAGGCCAAGUCCAAGACCAGGGUUUCUUCUUCUUCUUCUUCUUCUUCUUCCUUGGGCCCUCGGAGAUGCCGGUCGGAGAGCAUGUUCCCCAUGUACGCCAUGGGGAAUUGGAGGCCCAAUGCGAUAUCCCGGACGAUCCUCGAUUCUGCCGGCGAUUCCAUUUGGGAUUCCGUGAGAGCGGAAUCGAAGUCCGAGGCUGAGAGGGAGCCAAUUUUAAGUAGUUUUUUGUAUGCCAGUGUUUUAUCUCAUGAUUGUUUGGAGCGGGCAUUGGGGUUUGUACUUGCCAACAGGCUCCAGAACCCGACACUACUGGAUACUCAACUAAUAGACAUUUUUGAUGAUGUUAUGAUGAAGGAUAGAGGUAUUCAACGUGCCAUUCGCCUAGAUGCUCAGGCAUUCAAAGAUAGGGAUCCUGCAUGUGCGUCACAUAGCUGGGCACUAUUAUAUCUUAAGGGUUACCAUUCUCUUCAGUCAUAUCGUAUAGCACAUGCAUUGUGGAACCAAGGACGUACAGUCUUAGCCUUAGCAUUGCAAAGUCGAAUUAGUGAGGUCUUUGCUGUAGAUAUACAUCCAGCUGCAAGAAUUGGAGAGGGAAUAUUAUUGGAUCAUGGAACGGGUUUGGUUAUUGGUGAGACCGCUGUUGUAGGAAAUUGGGUUUCUCUAAUGCAGGGUGUUACCUUAGGAGGGACUGGUAAGCAAACUGGAGAUCGACACCCUAAAAUAGGUCAAGGUGCUCUAAUUGGAGCUGGUGCGACAAUCCUUGGUAAUAUUGUAGUAGGUGUUGGUGCUAUGAUUGCAGCUGGUUCCCUUGUAUUAAAGGAUGUGCCUCCCCACAGCAUGGCAGUAGGAAAUCCAGCAAGAAUAGCUGGUUAUUUAGAACAUGAAGAUCCAUCUCUAACAAUGAAGCAUGAUGCCAGGAAGGAUUAUUUUGAACAUGUAGCUGUUAGUUCUACGGAGAGGAGAGCUAAUGGUGAUAAUGACAUUUAACUAUUAUUUCAUGAAACACAUGGUGGUUCCCAUCUUGAUCUAUCAUAAGCCAUGUCUACAUCAAAAGUGGUCAAGGGACGUCAUAGUGCACAUAUGGUAUGUGACCCGCAUAUGCAAGUUCAUGUGCGGUUGUUAUUAAGGCACUCUAUACGGUGAAAAGGAAAGUUGAAUGGGAAGUGUAGAGUUUAUACAUGAUGCAGUCCUCAGUUGUAGCUUAGGUUCCCAAUUCACAUUUUCUUGUAUGUACUCUUCCAUGGCUGUAGUUAAAGCAGUAUACUUAUACACAGUAGCAACUAUCUUUCGAAGAUGCGAAGAACAUCUCUUACAAAAUUGAGGAAAAAAAAAUCUGAAGAAAAUGAUUCUAUUAUCACCUUCAAAUUUUUAUCUACUAAAUGUAGAGGGAUCCCUUGCUUGAAACACAUUACAGACACAGUAUUUUCUAGAAAUAUAAUAAUAGACCACCAUGACCACCAGUAUUUCCAGAAAUAUCAAUAAGCCACAGGAUCGGUAGAAUGGAAGCUAAACAUGACCAAACCCCCCCUUGCCCUCUUCAACACAGCAUAUUUCAUCAGCACACUCUCCCAUUGGAGCCCAACCUUCUCUAUGCUUGCAUUGCUGAUGCUUCUUUCAUGUUUACCAUAGCAUCCAUCUGAGCGUCAUCUUGCUUGCGACACUUGUAAACAUCUGUAGAUGACUUAAGAAGUGCCCUUUUUUGCAAUUUUUUUAACCUCUCCAAUCUCAACCACUCCUUCAAGACAUUAUCCCCUACCUUCUCCGCAGCUGCAAGCAUAUCCAUUAACCAUAGAGGGUCGAUGCAUGUUGUUUCCAAGCACCAGACUAUGCAUGCUGUUUUCCAGGCAUCAGACUAAUGAAGACCUAGUAUAUUAGAUGGCCAUCGACACAAAUGCACCGGUUCCAUGGAUGUGGUAUAAUGUACCAUGGAUGUGGUAUAAUGCAUUGGCCGACAGGUAGUCAAAGAAUUGACAUUGGAGAGUAUGAAUGGACAGAGUGAUCAGAGGGAUGGGGCUUGUCUUCUUCAAUGGGGAAUACUUGUUCCUUUUCCGCAUGUAGAAAAGCUUUUGUGGCAUUGGUAUGUCUAUUAUUCCUUGAUCUCUCAAUGAAUGGCACUAGAGUUGCAUAAUAAAUUUCCUGUUUGGCCUGCAACCGAAGAUCAUCCAAGGAAUGAUUGUCCUGACAAGGAGUCAUCUAGGGAUGAUGCAGAUGAGGAUCGAGACCCGUUUGAUUAUUUAGAAGGUUCAGAUUCUCAAUAUGAAGAAGAAAUUGCUGAUGCGGAAGAAGAAUCUGAAGAUGAACAGAAAAACAAAUAUCAUGGAGACCAUCAUCAUAACCACCCUACAAAUAAGUUCUGAUAAAAUUCACAAUGCCAAGUUUUUGUUAUAACGUACCAUUGUAUCGCUCAAAACCAAUUGCAAACUCUGUUUUGACGUAACAUUAUUUGAAGAGUCUGACAUUAUAAUUUGUUGUUAAAUGUUGCUCAGUGUUGUUGUAAAAGAGCAUGUAAACAUUUGAGUCAUGCAAAUGAUGAGAUGGAAGUAUUCACUGUAAA